CACGUGCCGGCUUACCUAACGACUGCCCCAUCGGGUAGGCGGUGUCACGUGGCCUCGGAAUGGCCUCGGGCCUCCAAUCGUUCGACGGCGCCGAAAAGCGCGGCAGCUUCUUGUCUGUCUGUCUGUCUGUCUGUCUCGCUGCAAGAGCCCGUGGAAGAACGGAGUCCCGAACAAGCAGUUUUCUGCAGGUCCCUUUCAUUUGGCGACCCUUCAACGCUUCUAAUUAUACCUACUGCAUCUCUUUCGGCUUUUAGCUCUAUAAGCUUUCCAAUAUGCCUGUCGUUGCGGGUCCUCCUCAAGGGCAUGGUCCCUCGACCUUCGAGAAGAUGAAGAUGGGUGCCAUGAUGGGAUCGACCGUCGGUGGUAUCAUGGGUUUCAUCAUCGGAACCGUCACCAUCUUCCAGUAUGGCGCUGGACCUAACGGAGUUAUGCGAACUCUGGGUAAAUACAUGGUUGGAUCCGGAGCCACCUUUGGUCUCUUCAUGUCUAUCGGCAGUGUCAUCCGUACCGAAGGACCUCACAACGAUGCCUGGCUCCGCGCUCGGGGACCCCCGAUGAUGCUUCCCCGUCAGAGCCCUCUGCGACCUGCCCGCGACUAAACGAUCGAUUAUAUGGCCCUUGCGCGCCGGGAUCGGCAGUUGAUACACUGAGGGGGGUCAUUUGUACAAUAGUAUCUAUCUCAGCUUGUAUUCCAUACAGCUUCGUGAUAGGUGGUGGCGAGAAUGCGGUUGGUGGUAACUGAGCCACGGAGGCGCUGAGGGAUUAGGACCGCUUGAGGCCCUGCAUAAUGUACAUAUAAUUUAAGCAUCGAGAUGGGCUGGAGGUGGCCG